AUGUCAUCAUCAAUUUUAAAUAUUGGGGAUAGUGUGGUGUUUGAUGAUAGCAUUGAAAGUAUUGAAUAUCACUCUUUCCACCCCUUCAAUGAUUCAUAUAAGAAUAAUGAUGAGAUUCGGAUUCGUAUCAAUGAUCAGGAUAUAAUUGUGUGGCCCUCGGAGAGUCAACUCAUAAUCGAGGGCACUACAACAAAAUCCUCCACUUUUGUAAACAAUGGUGCUGCCCACCUGUUCCAAGACAUUCGAUAUGAAUUAAACGGUGUGGAGAUUGAUCGAACAAAAAACUGCGGUGUCACCACCACAAUGAAGGGUAUCUUAUCGUACGGUGAGGAGGAGAGUAAGGCCUUGGAGAAUAGUUGUUGGAACACAUCAUCAUCAAGCGGCAUCAAAGACAUAGAAGGAGAGUUUUGUUUCACCAUCCCACUACGACAUUUAUUGGGUUUCGCUGAGGAUUAUACCAAGGUUAUUGUGAAUGCAAAACACGAACUCGUACUCAACAGGAGCUCUACAAAUUCAAACUGCGCCAUCAAGACCAAGGAUGCAACGAAGGGUUUUGAAAUUAACAUAAACCGUAUUGUAUGGCGCAUGCCUAUUGUAAAGGUGUCUGAUAAGGAAAAACUUCGUUUGUUACGUUAUGUGGAGAGUAAUGCACCAAUUCCCAUUUCAUUCCGAUCGUGGGAUCUUUACGAAUAUCCGCUGCUACCAACGUCACAAAAGCAUGUGUGGACAGUUAAAACGAGCACACAAUUGGAGAAACCUCGUUUUGUCAUACUAGGAUUUCAGCAUGCACGCAACAAUGAUGAAAGCAAAGAUAAAAGUUUAUUUGAUCACUCCAAUUUCCACAAUGCUCGUCUCUAUCUCAACUCUCAAUACUAUCCAUACGAGUCGUUUGCUAAUGACUUUGAAAAGGGUGUCUACUCCCUGUUGUAUGAAGCGUUUUGUAACUUUAAAAGGCAAUACUAUGGUUUGAAAAACGCUAAUGUUCAAGUGAACCCAGCUCAUUUUAAGACAAAAGCACCUCUUGUUGUAAUCGACUGUUCCCGACAAAUGGACACCAUUCGAUCGGGUGUGGGGGGUGGUAUAGACAUAAAAUUGGAGAUGGAAUUCAAGAAAGCCAUCCCCAGUGACACUACCGCCUACUGCCUCAUUAUCAAUGAUUCCCUCUUUGAAUACACCAUUUUAACCAAAUCAGUUCGAAAAAUAUCCAGUUAA